AUGGAGUUCUCUUCCGCAACAUCAUCAUCGACAGUUUCAUUCGAGAACGCGACGGUUAUUUUCCCUUGCGUGACGCACGGCAACGUCGGACAACUCGCGGCUGAUUUAUUGAUUUUCAAUCUGAAGCUGAAGUCAAUCGGCGUUUUGUAUCACCCUGAUGUUCUUCCAGUUUGCGGCGCAGAUCCAUUUUCAGAGAAUAACGAAGGGACGCCUGCAUCGAGUUUAGAGAUUUAUGCGAACGAGGAUGUGAGUUUAGUCGUCGUACAACAAAGAGGAGAAGUAAUAAAAGGGUGUCAACGUAAAUUUGCUCGAGAGGUGACGAGUUGGUUGAAAAUUAAAAGAUUUAAGAAGGUUCUUUUACUCGCAUCGUUACCAUCGACGGUUGGAGAGAAAGAUAGCCAAAUAGGCGGCACGAUAUGGCGAACGAUCCAAACGCCGAACGUGGUCACCGAAAGUUAUCCAAAAGCACAAGGUGAACGUGAAAGCAGCAGCAUUGGUGAUAGCGUCGAUGGUAAAGCACCGAUACGGCCUCUGGAAUUUGAACAAAUUCCAGAGGAUUUAAAGAAUAGACGCAUUCCACCGUGGACAUUCGUGUACGAGUGCAUUAAGCAAACGCUGACAACACAAUUUCUAGUCGCUUUGUGUUCCGAGGGCGAUAACAGCGUAGAUGCGGAUAGAAUGGCAUCUCGUGCUUUAGAAAUGAUAGACAACGUAGGCUUAUUCAAUACGGCUGAUUUGCUAUUGCCGACGAACGAGUUACGGUGGGCGACGCCGCCGAGUUGGAAGAGAGUCUACGGCUCGUUGAUUAAACGAAGCGUAUUUGCAUAA